AUGAAUGAUGACGCCGUUUGGCCACUAAAAAAAUCUGCCGUUAAAAAAUACCAGCGAAUUAGGUCAGCAAACAAACCAACGGCCACAUUAUGAAUGUAACUGCCGUGUUUUUGAUUAUAUAACUUUUACAAAGGCGCCACCUGGCCAUAAAAUAACCUGCUCCGACAAGGAGAGAGAUGUCCGGUGUUUCCAGCAUCUGCAGACGCGGGCCGUAGCCGUUACACCGGUCCGUCUGUCUGUCUGCCUCCCUCCGCUGGAUUUGGGAGACCCGCAAGCCCAAACAACGUUAACGCUACUCCAGCCCCGUACAGGCUGGAGCUGAAUGGUUAGCCGGGGGAAGGAGAGACACCGACAGACACCACCAGACAGAACCUGAAGGCGGCUCGGAAAAUACCCAGGAAACUACUUCUCGCCUCGUCUCCACAGCCUGAAAUACAUAAUGCAAGUACCCUUGCAUGCGAACACAACAACCUAAGACAUGUGAGCCUCGACAAUUCUGUCCCAGAUCUUCUUUACCCUGCGCAGAAGUAAACAGAGUUUGGCUUGACAAUGUCUAGUCGCCGGAAAUCGACUACACCCUGCAUGGUGCUGCCCUCUGAUGUGGUGGAGCAGGAAGAGGUGGAGGAAAAAACAGAAAGGGCAAAGGAUGAAGAGGUGGAGGAGGAGGAAGGAAAGGUGAAGGAAGGAGCAGAGGAGGGACCGACUGCAGAGGAGCUGGAUCAGGCUGUAGUGGUUGUCCCCACCCCACCAGAUACGGAUGAGCCCAGUGUCUCUACUGUAGAAGAAAGUGAAGUCCUCGGUCCCUCACCGAAACGCAUCGCUCCAAACCCUCCUGAGGAUCCAGGCAAGGACCAGUUAACCCAAGAACAACAGUGUGAUACACUUGAGGAGGGAGGAGCAGACCCUGCCGCCGUUGCUGCCAUCUCUCUCAGCAAGACCCCCAUCAUGAGGAUGAAGACCAAAUCUGAACCCAAAAGGAUCGCUGUGUCGCUGAAGUCAGCAGAUGAGGCGGUGGAGGGUUUUGGAGGGGGAGGCGAGGGAGAGGUGGGAGGAGAGCAGGAGCCCAUUGAGGCUCCUCUGGGGCCGAUGACGCCUGUGGAGAUGCUGCUGCACGACUCCAUGAAGCUCGGGGGAGGCGGCAUGCUGGUCAGCCCGCCCUCAGAGCAGCAGAGGAAAUCGUCCACUUUAAACCCCACGGUUCUGCCUGCGGGCCUGGCACAGGUGCUUUCUGCUUUCCAGGCCCAGCAUACUGCAGCAGCAGCAGCAGCAGCUCAGCCUCAGCUGCUGAUUCCCCUCAGCAGCAUCCCCUCCUACAGUGCAGCUAUGGACACCAACCCCCUGCUGGGCAGCACAUACAAGAAGUUUCCUUACCCCUCCAUGGCUGAGAUCAGCAGCCUGGCAGCACAGACACAGUUCACAGAGGAGCAGAUCAAGGUGUGGUUCUCCGCCCAGCGGCUGAAGCACGGCGUGAGCUGGACUCCUGAGGAAGUGGAGGAGGCCAGGAGAAAACAGUUUAAUGGCACGGUGCACACGGUGCCUCAGACCAUCACUGUCAUCCCUGCUCACCAACUCUCAGCUGCUGCCAAUGGCCUGCAGUCCAUUCUUCAGACCUGCCAGAUAGUGGGUCAGCCCGGGCUGGUGUUCACACAGGUCGGCCCAGGGGGGAGUCUUCCAGUGACCAGUCCCAUCACUCUGACAGUGGCAGGGCUGCCCAGCCAGUCCCAGAGCUCCAGCAGAGUUUCCUGCCAGCCCACCCCAAUGAACAGUGAGCUGAAACGAGCAACCACUGUCCAGCCUCCCUCUCUUUCUCCACAGGAGAACUCUGCCCUCAGCGCUGAUACAUUCAGUUUGCGGCCCAAGAAGUCCAAAGAGCAGCUGGCAGAGCUGAAAGCAAGCUACCUGAAAAACCAUUUUGUCACUGAUGCAGAAAUCGCCCGGCUGAUGAAGCUCACCAACCUGACAAAGGGAGAGAUCAAGAAGUGGUUCAGUGACACCAGAUACAACCAGCGCAACUCCAAGAACAGCCAUGUCAUCGUUUUCCAUGACGGAGGGGGCAGAGGAAGUGGCAGCUGUAGUAGCAGUGCUAGCACCACCAUUGUUAUCGACUCAAGCGAUGAGACCCCCACAUCUCCCCUUCCUCCACGCACUCCUCCUGUGAGGGAGAAGGAGUCGCGGCCCAAAACAUGGAAUCCAUUUCCAGAUUUCACCCUGCAGAAGUUUAAGGAGAAGACUCCAGAGCAGCUGGUGGUGCUGGAGGAAAGUUUCGAGAAGAGCAGUACCCCAUCAGAUGAAGAACUGAGCCGCCUGAGGACAGAGACUAAACUGACGCGGAGAGAGAUCGAUGCCUGGUUCACCGAGAGACGAAAAAUGCCGUCUGUCAGCACUUCCUCCCCAGAUUCUUCGGAGGGAGGAAAGAUGGAGACAGACGGAGCAAAAUCAGGAGAAGUAGGAAUAGGAGCCAGCUCUUCUUCUCCUUCUGCAUCCUCAUCUCGUAGAGGUAGUCAAACUCCUCCUGUCGGCCGCAGUAAGCAGCUGCCCGCUACCAGCAGCAGCAACAAAGACAUGAAAGAUAAGGGUAAAAAGACUCCGGAGCAGCUCCACAUUCUUAAAAGUGCCUUCGUGCGUACCCAGUGGCCCACACCAGAGGAGUACGAUCAGCUGGCGGAAGAGAGCGGCCUUCCUCGCUCCUACAUUGUCAGCUGGUUCGGUGACUCUCGGUACUCGUGGAAGAAUAGUAAUCUGAAGUGGUUCUUCCAGUAUCAAAGUGGCAACAUCGAAGGGCCAAAUGGUGGAGGAGGCAGUAAAAUGGGAAGCAGCAGCAGCAGCAUUGGUCGAAAAAGACGCGUCAGAAAUCGCGGUUGGGGUCGGUCCCGAACCAGGAAGCAGCCGAGAAGGUCUGCCUCCUUCAGUGCAGAUGCCAAUAGAUCUCCCCCGUCUAAGAAAUUCAAGAGUGGGAGGGAGAUUCUGAGGGAGUACUACCUGAAACACCAUUUUCUCAAUGAGCAAGACCUGGAUGAGCUUGUGACCAAGACCAACAUGAGCUAUGAACAGGUGAGGGAGUGGUUCGCCGAGGUCCAGCGACGCUUGGACACAGGGUCAGAUCCCUUCCAGGAUCCGGCUACAGGACGGACGGACAGAGAUGAAGAAGGAGAGGGAGAGGGAGCGGACACGCAGGGAGAGGCGUCGACAGCCGCCGAGGAGCAGACGGGCACGGGGAUGGGAGACGAGGAAGAUGAUGAAGGAGACGAGGAGGACGACUGUGACGAAUCCGACGACAGUGAGGUUUGGGAGCCGUCACGUAGCGUCCGGAAAUCCUUGUCAGUUUCCGAAGACUAAUGAUUGUUGGAAGCACGGUGAAACGUUCUAGAUAUGUUACAAGAGAAAUACUGGUAUGAUCCAUGCUGGAAGACAGUUCACUAAACUAAGUCUUUUUGCAGUUGAUUUGCAUGUGCACUCAUUCGCAACAUUAAUUCACUGUUCAAACUUUCUGAAUCAUGUCUACACAAGACUAACAGAUGGACUAUUAGCUUUAGUUCACUCUCUCAAUACUUAUUUACUGUAAGUGAUGUUGAACAGUUUAGAAAAGAUUCGUGGUAAAGAAGGAAUAUUUAGCAAACCGUGCAAAUACUUAGUGGCACACCAAACUUUUAAAGCUUACAAAACAGCAGCUACACAAUAUUUUCUCAAGGAAAUACCGUGAAGCAGUCUUCAAGCUGAGCUGAAGAUGAAAGCUGUACCCAAAAACGUGUUGUAUCCAGACACAUCCAUACAGCCUUCUGUAGAAGCAGUUGAUGAAAACUGACAAAGAGAGUUUAAGAGGAGCUGACAGCUUCAUUGUCCACCAUGGCCCUUGUUAAAUUUGCACUCGCUUGCUAAAAAAGAAGCCAGUGAAGGAAGAUUUAUGUAUGCUGCAUUUCCUUGAGACGGUGUGUUGUUGCACAGGCCUAAUUUCAAACUUCUGUCUCCAGUGUUAUGAAUGUUUUACCUUUGGCUCCAAACUAACAGCGCACACAGGCAAAAAGAGAGAAAAAAAAAAAGACUCAUCUGUGUUCAUCAUGUUUACAAAGGUGCUUAAAGAUAUGUCACAGCUAGAUGUCGCUCCUGAGCGAUGUCCCCAAUGAAACUGGCAUAAAUUUAUUUGUGGAACUGGUUGAUUUUUACAUGUUACAGUAUCUUCUUUUCUAGCGCUCGUGAAGCUCAUUGCAAGGACCAGAUAGGAAUGAGCAGGUUGUUUGAGCUGACGUGGAUUGAUAAUGACACUGAAAGUCAGGCAUUUUAUCUCGACAUGAGGCAAAGUACCUUAAUGCAGAAUGAAUGCCGUGAUGCUUUUAAACAACACAGGAUGUCUACCCAAGUCUUCCCUUUAUAGUGGCUUGUUGUUUCAUGAGUAUUAUAGAUUUUUAACUAACACCUACAUUUCUGAUGGAAAAAUCCCACAGUAUGUGUUUAAUAUGCACUGUUAUUAAUGUUUUUAAACAAAAUUUUCACCUUUUGAUAGAAUGCAUCCUGUGCUAUUAUGACCUUUUUAAAGGUUUUUUUUUUUUUUUGUUAUGUAGGUUCGGACAGUGUGAGGCUGUUGUCCCAAAGCUGAAUGUGUUGUCUCCUGAGCAGUGAGCUACAGUUUGAGACAGUGGCACUUUUUGUGUGAAUUAAAUAACGGCCACUGUGAGGCAGACAUCCGGGUCCACUGAAAUAAUAAUAGAAGCAGCCAGCGUUUCGCUUAGCAUUCACUCGUGGUGGCUUUCUGAUAGGUUGAAUGGACAGACUGAAUUUUAAGGUGAAGGUGCAGCGUUGCAGAGUUUUCCCCAAACCAUCUAAAUGUAAGCACCAGCUGCAGCUCCAGUGAAAAUUUAGAGUAAGUCAAUCCACAGGUUACCACCUUGACGAGACUGCAAUCACCACCAAAUCCAGCUCAUCUGCUCUUGUCAAAGACAAGGCCUGUACCUUUAGGUCUUGACCCGUACUAUAGAGAAAGACUGUUUAACAGCAUUUCAAAUAAUAAUUUGACUCCAGUCUGCACUGAAGAGAAAAACGCGAAGCACCUAAACUAAACUUUAAAAAAAAUGCACUUUGUCCACUUGUGUACAUAUGUGGACUAAAUCCUGAUUAGGCACCUUAAUCUCUUAUUAUACCAUAAAAUGGCUCUGAGAGACCAAAUCUGUUUUGUACGACUACAAACUGAACCAGUGUUUUGCCUUUUUUUAUCCUCAGUGUGUUUUCAGGAGGAGGAAUCAAUUUAUCCACUUUUCUAAUAACAUGUGUUGUUUCAUAGUUGGAUGUUUAUAAGGCUCAAAAAACUAGUAGAACAAUCACCCACUGCUUUCUUUCGCUAAAUUGCACAAUUUGAGCCCCAUUUUUAAUCUUUUCUCCUUUUGAAAAUGCACACGUGUUAUAUUUGUUGACAUGUUUUGUAUUGUUGCUUUAAAUCGUGGGAAUCGUCUCCCAUCCCCCCUUCUCUGUCUGACUCUUGACCCCUCUCCUCCAGUCCACUUUUGGAAAAUGAAUGCCUAAACUCUUGAUGCACUUCCCGAGACAUGUAAAUGCAAGCUGUGUCCUGUUUGUUCUCUGUCUCAUUCAGCUGUCUACAACACAGGCAGAGAGAGACAGGCAGACAGGCAGGGCUGUAGGGACUUCUUGAAAAGACUGAAACCGUUCAGAAAUGAAAACAAACAUUCUUGGAAAAUUCACUUUCUCUCGUGGAAGGGAUUGUUGUGAUGCCUGAAGAAACAGCACAUCAUUCCCUCUGUGGCGGGAAGUCUACCAAAUAAUGCUCCUCUUUCCGUUUCCCCCUCGCUUUACCGCAGUAAAUCGUCAGGACAGUAGACUGAAAACUGUCUCGACUACAGUUCUUCACAAAAUCGGGGGAGAGACUCUGAUGAAGCUUUGCUGAUAAACCUAUGUGCCUACACGGCUCGUACGCUUGUUUGAACAGAAUUUCACCAACUCUCGAGAGAAGAUGACAAGAGCGAAUUUGUCACCGCUUUGGAAAUCACACACUGUCGGCCGAUUCUAAAGGGAGGCUUGUUCAAACUAAGUUGUGAUGCAUGACCGAGCUCUGCUUUCUGCUGACGCUAAAAGAUGCCUAGAUACUCUGAAGUUAACAUUGGAAACUUCUGUUCUAAGUCCUUAAACAGAUACCUUGGUGUUCCGAAUUUUAAUGUAUUUUUUCACCAGGCACUAGUCCCACUACAUGUCAGCACCUUUAUUUUAAUGAGUAUCUUUGAAACCAGUGGAGUCUGUCAGCCGUAAACUAGCUAAGAUAGCGAGUUUAUAGCAACUGACGGAUAGCCGAAACCGUGAUACAUUUAGUUGUAAUGUGACAAGUGCCUGUCCAUGAAAAAUAACAAGUUCAUAAUGUUAAGGUAUACCUUUUGUCUAAUACUGCAUGCAAUAACCAAGACGAACAACUGCUCAUUUGUACAUACAAAAUUUUGGCUUGGUAUACUUGGCACAGUAGAAGCCUAAUCUGGUGUUAAUUAUUUGUGGAGCUUUAAUGAUAGCGGUUACUUUUCAUCACUGAGUUGACUGCAACCAUGGACCUCUUUUCUGUUUUCUUCAGUCCAUGGACUGUAGAAACAUUCACAUCUUGUCACUGUUAGCUCGGACAGACUUGCUCCAACUGGAGCUAGCUAUAUUUUGAGCAACAUUUUAGCCAACAUUUAGCCUUUUGCUCUGAACCAUGCUGACACCGCAGUUUGCUGUCAUUAUGCAGCAGCUGUUUUGUGCCCUUUCGUAGCCAUUUGAAUCCUGCUACUUCACAUGCUGAUUUCUACACAGGCUACAAACUGGCUGUCUGCGGUUAGCUUGUUCUAGGCCACAGGUUAGGCUUCUGCCUGCCCCCAGGUAUCCAGCCCACGGUCUUUUACAGUGUGCUCUUUCUUUACUAUAGUCAAUCUGUUUUGAAUGGUUUUAUAUGUUUCUAUCGAUGAAAACUGUGUCAUUAAAACUCUUUCCAGACAUCAGUGGAUUGUUUGUUAACGAGACAGACCCAUACAAUAUGUACAAUAGAGUAGUGUUUUUGAAAUAGAAUCAGUUUUAGAGUUCAACCAGUGUUGCCCAAGUGGCUUUUUGGUACUUUUGUUGCAAAAAAUAUAGAAUCAGAACUCAAUCGAACAGACACGCACUUUUGAUGGUAUGAUGUUGAUGGAAAACUGAAUGUCCUGAUAGCACUGGGAAAGCAUCCUUCUUCUUAAUAGUGUGUCCAGAUUUACGGUUUUACAACCAAGCUGUUUUGUAAACAUGAAUUAAAUGUAGAAGAAAAAUCAUUUAAAAUCUUAUGAGCUACACAUUUGCUUAAAGGGCCACUCCAUCGAUUUUACACAUUAAGUAUACUGGUCAUCGAAGAGUACUGCUCAGCAUAAGAGAGCCUAAUGAAAGACACAAAUCUGUUGCAUUAUGGGAAAUGUAGGAUCCUGUGUUUUUGGAGCUUGGCCUAUUCUAGAGCCUAAAGAUCAGGAUAGCUCUUCAUCUGUGGCACGAAUUGUGACUAUUCUUUUAUAAUCUGUCUCUCUUUUGAGUCCCCCAACUUUACGAAAGUGGCAACAUAAAUGGCAGUACUUAAUAGCUGUAGUGCCUCUUUAAAGAAUCCCUGUCCAUCACACUUCUUAAACUACUACUGUAACAAAAUUCACCCAGGUUGACAGUUGAUAUUAGCUCUACUACAAUACAACUGUCUAAUAUUUAAAAAAAAACCAAACUCCUCUCUAAAUAUGAAUCAUGUGUUUGAAUAGUUUUCCCAGGAUGCUGAGGUGCAGCGUCUGUUCUCGGAGUUGUAAUUUUAUAUUCAGCAGUCAUCAUGUAUCCCAAUUAACCUUGUGCAGUAGAGCUAAGAGCUAACAUUGUGAUCUGAGUAGUUUACCUGCUGUCCUAUUGUGCACAUAAUGUCAUAUCUGUAUCGUUCGCUAUACUUCUGCUACGGUCCUCACUUGUUUUCUGUAUUUACGCAGGUAGUUGGUUGAAUGUUUCUUACAGCAAUCAGAGAUUCAAACGUUUUUGCUUUACAGCAGCCAGCUUUUUUGGCAAAAAAAAAAAAAGAAAUCAGAAUUGUAAUAUACUGUACGUAUACAUUGAAUUGGGUUUUUUUUUCACUAAUUUAAAGUGGAAUUUUCACCUUCUGGCUUUUCUGAUAAUUUUUUUUUUUUUUCUGUGUUCCUGUUUCAAUACAACUGAUUUUUCCAGACCUGUUUUACUGGAUGAUAACAGUGAUUUCUCAGCUCUUGUAUUAAGUUACGCUUGGCUCCGUAGACACAGAGACUGUGGAAAACAAAAGCACAGUGAUUUAACUGUAUAUUCUAAUAAAUAAGGAAGAAAACAACUGUGCCACUUUACAAUGUCAUGACUUGGUCUUUAAUAAUAAGCUGUGAUCUAAGGUACGCCUUACACCUGAUUGGCAACUAGAUGGGGAUUCUGGGAAUUACUUGAGGUGGGACUUUUUGCAGGCAAUACAGGCAAAGAUGGUGUUUUUGCCUCCAACGAUCAAGCCCUCAAACUCCUCGACAAAACUGUUGAAAUUGGUAUAAGUCUGUGUCUACUGAACCAAACCACAAUAACUUAUUUCUACACUCUGCCUGUACAUCUGAAAUGUGUUAAAAACUGCGAGUAUCUGUCAUAAGCUUUGAUUAAACAUGGUAUGUAUGUGUGCUGGCCUCUGCAGGCUUGCUUUAGAAAGCUAUAAAUUCCUUUUGUGGCCCCUGCGAUCAGCAGCUUGUAGCUACCAGCUGUGAGGCAGAGAGUUUGUGCAAUGUUAAUUUAAGAUCUCAGCUGUUAUUGAGGCUCUGGCUUGAUUUCUAGCUUGAUUUAGAAAAGAUUUAUAUUUUAUACUUGUUUGAGGACAAAACCCAAUAAACUUUGGUCUA